AUGUUGACUGAAGGCGGAAACAAAUUUUUAAAUAUUACUUGUUCACAUCUCGACUCUAGACUUUACAAUCUUAUCAUAAAGCAUAUAGAAACGUCACAAAAAUUUACGCAAGUGGUGAAAGAAAUUAAAUUUGAACAUAUGUGUGGACUUAGAAAUUCAAGCGAAGGAGCAGAAAAUAUCAAAAUUCAAACUUACAAAAAAUUGAAAUUUACGGAUUUUCAACUUGUCAAUAAUUACAAUCCAAAAAUUAAAUUUUCUGUAUCAAUUGACGAAAAUGAAGACAAAUAUAUUAAUUUGCAAGGUACUCGUCUGCCAUAUUUUGACGCUGUAAUUAAGAGAAUUGAUUGA